CCGCGAUCGAAGGCGCUUUUGUCGGAUCCGCCAUGUCUUCCCGCGGAGGUGGACGGGCGAAGGCUGCCUUGAAGCAGAUCGUGGAAGGCGCGACCCCCGCAAAGAAGGGACGUCAUCAAGCGAAGAGGCAGAGGAAGGGCGUCCAAGCCGUGGCCGCUGGUAGUGCGCGAGACGUUGUGGAGGAGGCUGUGGUGGAGGAAGAGAUGACGAACGACGACGAYGACUUUGAAGAUGACGACGAUGAACCACUGCCGAGGAAGGCGAGGGUCGGUUCCGCGGGGGGGAUUAGAAUAAACGAGGGGGGGGAAGGGACACCGACCGCAUGGCGCGGCGGUGGCGUUACCGCGGCCAACCAACCAGUCUUCGUCGACGUGGCACGCGACGUGGCGUGCGACGUCGCAAGGAGGGACGUCGCUGGCCGCGCGAAGGAAGGGGCCGCAUCGCAUGAGACUGCGCAACGUGUGCUUGCGUCAGUGAAUCGCCCCCGAACCCCGGCUGCAGACGUGGCGGGGGGUUCCCAAGCAGCGGUUGAAGAUGGGACGUCGCGAUCUCCCGCGGUGGCGGCGCAUGGCGGCGUUGUGGCGAUUCUGGAAGACACGCAGGGGAGCGCCGUAGUGAGGAUAAUCCAAGAAGCGCGCGCGUAUCUCGUGGCCGUGGCGCGGGGAGUGCAGCCUCUGACUAUUCGACGGAGCAUCUCCCUUCCACACAACUCCAUCCCCCAACACAAAAUCGAGGACGAGUCGGAGCUCAACGCGGCGAAAGAGAGGGCGUUGAAAGUGCAAACAAUCUCCUCCAGGGCGAUCCACGGUUGGGUCUUCAAGUCGGAGAGCAGGCAAAGGGGGUAUCACAUGGCAUACCAAUACGCGUUGAAUCACGCUGCCACGGACAUCGCUAGAGCAAUGUGGUCAGCAAAGGACUGGCGCAGUUUGGUGAGCCCAAUGUUGUUCCGCACCACAUUGAACGCAGACAUGAAGUUGCCUUUGUGGUUCGUGGGUGUGAACAUAGUGGACAGGCACGAGGACGAUGAGUGCGCGGCUUACCAGGAAGCUUGUGUCCAGCGUCUUGUGCGGGAUUUCACAAGCGCAGUUGGCAUGGCAGAUGCUAUGGACGGCGGUCGAGUGUCGUACGAGCGUCUGAAGGGGAUGGCAGAGGCGAUGAGGUAGUUGCUCGCCGCCACGAUGUGGAUUAUGCGAAUGGCGGGGGACGAUCCGAGAUCGCAUUACAACGCUU